ACCAGCCGCGCAGCUUGCAAAUCAGUCAGAAACGCGUUGAGUGCGACAGCGAGCAGACGUACAGCAAGUGUCCAAAGAGAGAUUGUAUAUUCAUCUUCUGUUUUUUCCCCCCACACACUCACACGGAGCCCCCUUUAAAGUUCUUUAGCUCGUGGUACACAGACACACACACAUACAUAUACAUAUAUAUUUUUCUUUGGUGCCUGAACAAAAGUGCCGUGCAAAGCAAAAGCAUAAAAUACAAUUUCAAAUAAAAAAAAAAAAGUGAAAACUAAGCAAGCAGCAAAAGAAAGACAGAAAGAAGCAAAAGAAAGAAACAUGGCAAGUGCAGAUCAAAAAAACGCAACGUCCAAUGGCAGCGCAACAACAGUGCCCAAUAACAGUGCGUUAACAGAGUCAACGGCCAAGGAUUUGUUGCCACAUCUGGAAUCGCUGGAAAGGAUCAUCAAGCUGCCUGUGGUGAAUGCCGCAUGGGAUAAAUCACAAGAUGUCUACGGCAAAGUGAAGGGCAAAAAUCGCGUCUUUAAUUGGGCCUUGAAUGCAGCCGAAGAUUGUGUUGCACGAGCGGUGACGACAGCAGCUCCGAUUGUCAAUCGCCUGGAUCGUCCGAUUGCCUAUGUGGAUCAGACGCUGGUCAAGGGUAUCGAGCAGCUGGAAGUUAAGGCACCGAUCAUCAAGGAUACACCCCAGGAGAUCUAUACGCAGGCCAAGAACAAGGUGAUCGAUGUGGUGCAACCGCAUUUGGAGCGUGUGGUUAAAUUCAAGGCAGCUGGACAACAGAAGGCCGCAUCCUUGAAGGAUCUGGCCUGGCAGAAGGCCAACGAGGUGCUUGCCACACAAUAUGGCAGCCUGGCUGUCAAUGGUGUGGAUACCACAACAGCUUUAGCCGAGCGUCUCCUUGAAUACUAUUUCCCCAAGUGCGAGUCCGAUGUGGAGGAAGAUAAUGAUAAUAAACAAAAUGCUGUCGUGCGAAAUGGCAAAAAUGCUGAAAAUGACAUUGUUGUUAUUGGGGAGCCCGACUAUGAUCAUGAGAUUGACACUAGAUUCUUAGUAGCCGCCUCGACAGUAUUUCUAUCCAUGUCAUUGAAAAUCAUAACCGAAAUUGUUGAAUACGUUAGAAGAAAUCCGGAAAUUGUAGGCAUUAUCGAUAGGGAAAUCAACAAAUUAAUGUGCCAGUUCCCGCCAGCGAGGACCCAGUACUACACACAGUCCAGACCGUCGGCCGUUUAUCAAAUAAGAUCUCGCGUCGCGUCUAUAGAAAUGUCUCCCGACAGAUCAAGCAGGUCCAGCAGGGUAACAUCAACGAUUAUUUGAGCUCACUGAUUGCCGCAUUGAAGUUGCAUCAAUAUAUCAACUUCAUCAAUUCAUCGAUGGGCACAAAUGUUGAACAGUCGACGUUAGGCAAUGACAACUGUACACCGUAUGGUAAUAACCAUGCAACAACAGC